AUGCAAAUAUUCGGUCUUGUUUACGAAGAAAUAAAACCUGUUCCUUUACAAAAUGUCAAGGUUGAAGCAAAUGUUGUUGACAUGAUUGCGGAGGUUAUUAUUCAGCAGACCUACAAAAAU